AUGAAGCUCCGAUGUGGUCCCACCAAAGUCGCUGUUGUAACCAAAGAAGGCCGCUUUGAUUUAAAAAACACAGAAUUCUGGUGCUCCGAAUGCAAGCAGUCUCGUUUGGCCACUAAUGAGGAGUACAUGUGUUCAGGAUAUUGGCCUGGCUCGCUGUCAAAUUGCUCCUACUUCUUCGAAGAAAAUUUAUUAAGAAUGUGGCAUCGCUUAAGGCACAAAACACCAGGAACAUCCGAACGGAAGUUUAUCGAAACCCUUGAGGAAAUCUCUUUGGAUUGCAACCGAGUUAAUAUCAUCAACAGGACACUUUUUAAUCGCGCUCGUAGAGAGUUUGAAUAUUUUACUUACCUGAAAGAAAAGGAAAUCCUCCGACGCCAUGGCAAUUGUAAAAUAUGUGGUAACCAUCCUCAUGGAAUGCACGCGGAUGCGAAUCGAAAACUAUACCGAUAUGCGUCAGCAAAAGAUCGUCAAGGAGAAUCCUUAUAUGGAGACGUAAAAAUGGCUAGCGAUCAGUUACAACUGGAACAUAUUUCAAAAAUAGAAGAAAAGAUCCCGAAGGGUAAAGGAGAUGAUGCAUGUGGCUCAUCGACAUGGAAGGCUGCCCGGGGUGAUUCUUCAAGUAAAAGGAAUUUGGACAUCACCGGUCUGGAAAUGAUGAGUUGCUCUCAUGGCACAGUGAUUUUCUCGGCCAACUUGUUCAAGGGAGAAACAUUCAAACAUACCCAUCUCCAGCAUCUGAAGUCACACCAAAUGGGGACAAAGUUUUUGUGCAACGACGUUGUUUGCAAGUAUUGGCCUUUCGCUACUAAAGAGAGCAAUCUUUUCGGCGAAUCUAAUCCGGAAUACAAGAAGCUAACUGAGGACAUGGUUCCCUUUCUUUCCCGCUUUCAUGGUCUAGGCCAUUCAUGGGCUUGCAGGGUACUCUAUAAUGGACAUUGGCAAAAGGAUGGAGCGGAUAUGUUAGAAGAAGAACAAGAACAAGUUUUUUCCUAUAUGGCCCGUCUCGGUACAACGACGAAGCAUCAAAGCAGAGCCAGUAGGAGAGACGAUAUAACAAGCGCUAUUCUCGCCUAUAAUGUAGACAAAGAAAAACGUAUGAUGGCUGCGCUUUGUUUACGGUUAAACAGAGCCAGACGCAAAUCUAAUUUUUAUGGGAAGAAAUUACAAGACCUUCUUGACCACCGUGGCCUAAAGGAGGAACUUCUACCACAAAUUCUGAUCAGAUUGAAGAAUCAAGCAAAACUUGUGAAAAGUAAAAAUCUUAACAGCGAUUGGGACGUUGAGCUACUCCAAAAAGAAAUUGAAGGUGAAUGCCACAUGAUCAAAGUUCUGCAUACUCGUAACGCGACUUUCUUUGAUACCUGCAAGACACGUACAAGCAAUAGGAAGAUAAUGUCGAAAAAGAAAAAACGAGUGGAUACGAUUGUCAAGUUACUUCAACAGAAGGGUAUAAUCGUGUCCAAGGAGAACACGGACACAGGAUUUUUUCCUUGGCAUCAAAACAACAAAAAUUUCCUCGGCAAAGACUAUGAGCUGAUCGACACUUGGAUGCUCGGGCUUCGUUAUCAGGAAGCUAUUACCAAAACUCAAAGGGAAAUGGGAGAAUUCACGCGAUCCCUCACGUCUCUCUGCAAGGAUCUUCACAGAGAUAUAAAGAACUAUGAAAGAUUAAGACCUACUACUCUUCUCGACUAUAGUCGAUCAGUAAUGGCCAACACAGAAAUUGUCCGCCUCAGCGGAAUCAUCAGCGACGCUGUUCAUGUGUUUACCGAAGCGCUCCAGUUCAGAGAGGACAUAGAAAUUAAUCCUCAGGCAUUCAUAGACAGAAUAGAAAAAGAAGAUAAUCUAUUAGAUUCUCUGCAAGAAGCAUCUGGUGAUGAUUAUUAUACCGACAGCGGAGAAGAAUCAUCAGAAGAGGAGGGAGAAAACUAA